AAGUGGUGUAACCAACUGUAAAAUUAUUUCAAAAAGUAAAAGUGUUCGAGCAGAAGUACAGUACACGCAGAGAGCUUUUUAAUCUACCUAGUAGGACUGUACGGAAUGAGCUCAAAGGGAGAUCAAGGAGGAGAGGUGGUGAAGCGUCUCUUUCCCCCUACACCUGAGAAGGCAGCUACAAAGAGGACCCCUCUACACUACACUUUCUGGAGAUCAAAGAACAGACGUAGCUCAUUUAGAACUGGUAUAUUGGGAGCCCUCAUUUUCCUCGCCCUGUGUGUGAGUGUGGUGGUCGUCACGGCAAAGCUCAACAACGGAUGGACACAGUUGACAUUAGACGAGAUACACAGAUUCUUCAGUAAUGAGUUACUGCGUUCAAGUUCCCCUGACAACAGAUCACUCUUAGCUGGCCACUUCUACUUUGGUGGACAACCACUAUUCGGCUUUCUAGGAGCAUUGCCACUAGCACUGGCCCUGGGGUCAGUGUGUGGUGCCUUCACUUGUCUGUUCAUGUUCUAUGACUCAGACGAACCCGGCAGCUACCCCCCCACACCCGUCUCCCCCCCCAGACACAAAAGAGGGGAGAUCUCCAUGUCAACAGAAUGGCAUCUUGGCUACCUGUUUGUCCCUAUUAACAUUCUCGUCUCAUUCUCUCUGGCUCUGUUCUACUGCAGAUGGAGUAUGGGCCUACCCAUGCUGUAACUCCCUCUUCAGUGUAUUAUAAGCCAUUUCACGCAUUUUGUUUUAUACAACAUACCACACUAGCAUUUGGUACAUAAUUGGUAAAGAUCUUUAACUAUAAUUACACAAACAAUUUCAUUCCCAAUUAUUGCUUUUGGUAAAGAUCAUUAAGCUAAUUUCA